GAACUCAGCCAUCCUCCCCCACCCCCUUGUAUAAAUACCCACUCCCAUCUCUCCCCACUCUCCUUCAUUUCCUAUCUUCAACCUGAUGAGCUAACCCACCCUAAGCUGCCUCUCUAUAUAAUUAAUCGAUCUCCUUCCAUUUUCCUAUCUUCAUCGAUCUGCUUAAUUACACACAUUCAAAUCAGAAACAGAGAGAGAGAGAGAGAGAGAGAGAGAGAGAGAGAGAGAGAGAGAGAGAGAGAGAGAGAGAGAGAGAGAGAGAGAGAGGGAUGGCGACGGAUAAGGUGGUGGAGACGGUGAUAGUGGGGAAUUAUGUAGAGAUGGAGACUGAAGGGAAGCCCAAGAACGUUAAGACUAAGAUCUCUCAGUUCUUCUGGCACGGCGGCUCUGCUUAUGACGCCUGGUUCAGCUGCGCCUCCAACCAGGUGGCUCAAGUUCUGCUGACACUGCCAUACUCCUUCUCCCAGCUGGGAAUGCUGUCUGGGAUCAUCUUCCAGCUCUUCUAUGGCUUGUUGGGCAGCUGGACUGCGUACCUCAUCAGCAUCCUUUACGUCGAAUACCGCACCCGCAAAGAACGAGAAAAAGUCGAUUUCCGAAACCAUGUCAUUCAGUGGUUCGAAGUUCUGGACGGGCUCCUGGGGAAGCACUGGAGGAACGUGGGCUUGGCCUUCAAUUGCACCUUCCUCCUCUUCGGUUCCGUCAUUCAGCUCAUCGCUUGUGCAAGUAACAUAUAUUAUAUAAAUGAUAAUCUGGACAAGAGAACAUGGACGUACAUAUUCGGAGCCUGCUGCGCCACCACGGUGUUCAUCCCCUCCUUCCACAACUACAGAAUCUGGUCUUUCCUUGGUCUCAUCAUGACCACUUACACCGCUUGGUUCCUCACCAUAGCUUCCCUCCUCCAUGGUCAGGUGGAAGGAGUAAAGCAUACUGGCCCGACCAAGCUGGUCCUCUACUUCACCGGGGCCACAAACAUUCUCUACACGUUCGGGGGACAUGCUGUCACCGUGGAAAUCAUGCACGCGAUGUGGAAACCUCAGAAGUUCAAGGCGAUCUACCUGUUCGCCACCCUGUACGUGCUCACGCUGACGCUGCCAUCGGCGGCUGCUGUGUACUGGGCGUUCGGCGACAUGCUCCUCAACCACUCCAACGCCUUCGCCCUCCUACCCCGCUCCCCCUUCCGCGACUUCGCCGUCGUCUUGAUGCUCAUCCACCAGUUCAUAACGUUUGGGUUCGCAUGCACGCCGUUGUACUUCGUGUGGGAGAAGCUGAUCGGGAUGCACGAGUGCCGGAGCCUCUGCAAGAGGGCGGCGGCGAGACUGCCGGUGGUCAUCCCCAUCUGGUUCCUCGCCAUCAUCUUCCCCUUCUUCGGCCCCAUCAACUCCACCGUCGGCUCUCUCCUCGUCAGCUUCACCGUCUACAUCAUCCCCGCCCUCGCCCACAUCUUCACCUUCCGCUCCGCCGCCUCCCGUGAGAGUGCGGUGGAGCAACCGCCGAAGUUCGUGGGAGGAUGGGCGGGCACGUGUACGAUCAACGUGUUCGUGGUCGGGUGGGUACUGGUUGUCGGGUUCGGGUUUGGGGGGUGGGCCAGCGUAAUCAACUUCAUCCACCAGAUCGACACCUUCGGACUGUUCACCAAGUGUUACCAGUGCCCUCCGCCUGCGGCGGCGGGGACGGCGGCUCCGCCCCACCUCUUUAACGCCACGGCGCCGUCUCCAGUGGGGCUCCGCCACCCGUACAACGGCACCACUCACCGCCCUUGAUUCGUCCGCCGUCGUACUCCCCGUUUGGUUGGUGGGAAUUCAUGGACGGAGAGGAAAAGCUGGGAGAAGUAAAGAGUGGAGUGAUGAAGAAGUGGUUUUGGUUGUGAUUAAAUGUUAAUUUCAAAUCGGCCAUGGAGAUGGACAAAUUAGGCACAGAGACAUUAAUUGUUCUUCUGAGAGCAUCUCUCUUUCUCUCCCUUUCACUGCCUUUCUUUCUCUUAGAGAAUUUGGUCAAUUAAUCUAGGGAUUUUUGGUAUGAGUUUUUUUUUUAUUUAAAUUUGAAAAAUGAAAAAAAAAAAGGAAAAAUAUGUAUGAAAUAUUUAAGAAAUUGUACUGUAGGUAUGAUGGUAAAUGAUUAGAGGAUUUUUACCCUCUCUCUCUCUGGUUUGCAAGAUGAAA